AUGUCCAGCAAGUUGGUGCUGGAGAACGACAUCUCCUACAUCCAAACGCCAAAGCAAGCACCGUCGUCUUUUGCUGCUUUUGACUGCGGUGUCUGGACCACUGACUCGGCAACUAUCCACAACCCUCCGCUGCCCUCCGAGGGCGCAGGCAAUGAGAGCUUCUCCAACCUCCUUCUGGGUGCGCUGCUGCUGGGCGUGCCUUUUCUUGUCAUCCGCUUUGUCGGGUUGGGCUUUAAGACGUGGUUCUUCUUUGUCGUUGUGCUUGCUCUCCCUAUACUGAUUGUGUACUGGACCUUGGCCUCCAACUUCAGCCCCAGGAUUAACGAGAAUGUCAGACUCCCAGGUCGUCCCGUCGAGACGUACGUAACGUUCAAGGAUGCCGCCGACAAAGCAAAGUGGGGUGGCAACAGCAAAGUUCCCAUCCAGACUUUCUCCGAGCUUUACAUUAACGGCCGAGCUGAUUUCAAUGGUGACACCUUGGAUGUUUUGGAAUACCGUCAUGAUUGGUCCAAGUUCAGCUUCACAUGGGACUUAUUCAAGUAUAUUUUCUGUACCUUCUUCGUCGACGUACUGUUCCACACGAGAGAGCAGGACAUGGAGCAGAUCCGCCCCAAUUACGAUUCGGGAAACGAUCACUACGCUUGGUUCCUUGGCCCUCGCAUGAUUUAUACCAGCGGUGUCAUCUCCGAUCCCACUCGUGAGGAGACUCUUGAAGAGCUGCAGGACAACAAGAUGGCCGUGGUGUGCGAGAAGCUCGAGCUGAAGAAAGGCGAGACUCUCCUGGACAUUGGAUCUGGCUGGGGCACGCUCGCCAAGUUUGCCAGCGUCAACUACGGUGCAAAGGUUACUGGUGUCACGAUUGCCAAGAACGGCGCCGCAUGGGGCAACGACGUCCUCCGCAAGGCUGGUGUUCCCGAAGAGCAGAGCCGCAUUCUGUGCAUGGACUAUCGCGACGUCCCCAAGCAAAAGUUCAACAAGAUCUCCCAGCUGGAAAUGGGCGAGCACGUCGGCAUUCGAAAGCUCACUGGUUUCUUCCGCCAAUGCUACGACUUGCUCGAGGACGACGGUGCCAUGUACGUGCAGCUCUCUGGUCUCCGACAAGCUUGGCAGUACGAAGAUUUCAUCUGGGGACUCUUCCUUAACAAAUAUAUCUUCCGCGGAGCCGAUGCCUCCACCCCACUGUGGAACUACGUCCGAUCUCUAGAAAGCGCAGGGUUCGAAGUAAAAAGCGUCGAUACUGUUGGCGUGCACUACUCAGCCACCAUCUGGCGCUGGUACAGGAACUGGGUCGGAAAUGCUGAUGCCAUUACCGCCAAGUAUGGACAGAGAUGGUACAGAAUCUGGGAACUCUUCUUGGCUUGGUCCGUAAUUGCUUCCCGCCAGGGCAGUGCCACCUGCUUCCAGAUCCUCGUUGUUAAGAAUCUCAACGGUGUCCACCGAAUCAACGGCGUAUACUCGCAGUUUGGACUUUCUGGCGCGUUGGCUAAAAGCCGUGCUCUUGGCAAGGCCUCACUUCCCAAUUCUAGCUAG